GCACACACACACACAUUAGGCCCCCUUCCUGCUCAUUUAUCGUUUGCGGUUUUGAUGACAAGUGGGUAGAAUAUUUACACACACAAAAAAUAGUGAGAGAAGUCAGUGCCUCUUCAAAGAAGCACGGAGGGGACAGUAAAGCAACAGAUGAGUGAUGGAGCCUCAAAAGAUCAGAGAGGGCUACUUGGUGAAAAAGAAGGCAAGUGUAAUCAAAUUACACCAGAGUGGGCUGCCACGUGAGCAGUCUUGGUGAAGCAGAAUGUUCAUUCCCCAAGGUUUGACCCAAGUAGCACCCAGUACCUUACGGUAGUUGAUCCAAAUCUGAAAGAUUCUUGCUUCAACAUAAAAAGAGAUUGACAGAGAUCGAGAGGCUGAAAAUAGGGAGGCGAUGGAGAGACGACAGAACAUUUACGCCAAUGCAGCAUUUGACAUUUGAUGAGUUAAAAUCUGAAAUGUCGAGUAGCUCACUGUUGAACUACUGGACGGCUGUGUGGGUGGUGUUGUCUGAAGACGGGCUGGAAUUCUACAAGAAGAAAACAGACCAUUCUCCCAAAGGAAUGAUCCCACUUAAGGGGGCCGCAAUCAUCAGUCCUUGUCAGGACUGUGGCAACAGAAUGUUGGUGUUCAAGAUCACCACACACAAGAAACAGGAGCAUUUCUUCCAAGCGUCGCAUGUGGAAGAGAGGGAAGUGUGGGUGAAGGACAUCAAGAGGGCUGUUGGGUGCCUGCAAGGGGGCAAGAGGUUUGCCAGGAAGUCCACCAGACGCUCCAUUCGCCUGCCCGACACCAUCAACCUGACUGAGCUGUAUACUCAGCUGAGAGACCAGGAUGAAGGGGUCAAGGAAUUGAAACUGGAGCAAGAGAACAGAAUCUUCAACCACUGCUUCACUGGUUCAACGGUGGUGGAGUGGCUCAUUUCCAAGGAGAAAGCCAGAAACAGGCCCGAGGCGCUCAUGUUAGCCACAGGGCUCCUAAACGAGGGCUUCUUGCAGCCCGCCGGCGAUCUUUCUAAGGAGGGUGCAGUGAGCGGGGAGAAGUCCGUUUUCUUGGAUCAGACCGAUGCUCUUUACUACUUUGCAGACAGCGGAUUCUUCUGCGAAGGCUACUCCAGUGACGAGGACACUCUUGUCAAGGGAGAAUUCAGAGGUAAUAUCGUGAAACAAGGCUGUUUGCUGAAACAGGGCCACAAGAGAAAAAACUGGAAAGUCCGGAAAUUCAUUUUGAGGAGUGACCCUGCCUAUAUGCAUUACUACAAUCCCACCAAGGGUGAUGACCCCCUGGGGUCCAUCUACCUGCGGGGCUGCGUGGUCACGGCUGUGGAUUUUGUGCCCGACGCCAAAAGAUACGACGUGGACGGCAACCUUUUCGAAAUCAUCACCUCUGAUGAAACGCACUACUUCCUGCAGGCGGCCACUGCCGAGGAGAGAAAAGAGUGGAUCGAAGCCGUGCAAGAAGUGUCCAAAACUGGGAAUUAGAAUUGGUCUGCAGGCUCUCGUUUAUGGAUGGAGGUGCUCGAUAGCAAAGCGAGAAGUGUGCAUUUUCUCACAACUUCAAGGUUGCGUUCGAGUCAUCUGAAAAUUGUAGUCCAAGGAGCACUGCGUAACUGCCUCAUGUUUCGCUUCUCAUUUCCGCUUUCAUGAAGUUAGAGAUAGUGUGCUAUCAUAUCAACACAUGCAUGUGCACGGAAUUCCUGGCUG